AUGCCGUCAGCACACUCCCAGCUCAUCGCUGCUCUUGUUCUCCUUCCCACUCUCCUACCCGGUGUCUCUGCAGGCCAAGUCCCGAUCCACCACUCUUCUCAUAAAUCGCCCGAUAUUCCGCCCAUCGGCUUAGGGCUGUGGAACUCAAAAGAUGAAGAGGCAACGCACGCCGUGCAAUAUGCCUUUGACGCCGGAUACAAACAUCUAGACUCGGCGGCUGCUUACGGAAACGAGGACUUCGUCGGUCAAGCAUUGAAACCCUCUACGGCCCCGCCCCGAAACAAAUACUGGGUGACUUCGAAAUUGUGGAACACAGACCAUCGACCCAAACGAGUCGCUCCGGCUCUGAAGAAGACGCUCUCCGAUCUGUCCAUCCCCUACCUUGACCUGUAUCUGAUGCAUUGGCCGGUGGCGUUCCUGCCGGACACGGAGCCAGGCCGGACCAUCAUCGACCAAGAUAUAGACAUUCUAGCAACGUGGCGGGCGAUGGAGGACCUUGUCCGCGCCAACCUGACCCGUUAUAUUGGCGUCUCUAACUUCAGUCCACGCCAGCUCGACAUCAUCCUCAAGGACGCCGAUAUCCGACCCUUUGCCCACGAGUUCGAGACCCACCCGUACCUUCAGCAGCAGGACUUCGUUGACUGGCACGCCGAGCAAGGCAUCAAGGUCAUCGCCUACAGCCCUCUGGCCAAUACGAACCCCACCUACAAGGAUAAAUAUCCCAAGUUGGGUUCUAUCUUGGAGGACCCCUUCUGGAAGGACGUGGCGAGUCGAAAAAACGUCACUGUCGCCCAGGCAAUUCUCGGCUGGGGGCUCCAGAGAGGCACCAUUGUGAUCCCCAAGAGUGUCCACGAGAAAUACAUAUUCGAAAAUCUAGGAGGCGUCAAUGUUACUUUCGCACAGGAUGAGUUAGAGGAAAUCGCCACGCAGGACAAAAGGUCGCGGUUCAAUAACCCGAGCAAGGGCUGGGGGGUAGAACUGUUUGAGGGCCUAGAUGACGGAUCGAAUCGGUUUUUCGUUGACGAACUGUAG